AUGACUUUAUUAGCAAGGGGAUGCGACCGGCAGUGGCGGGUUGGAGAGGCGCCGCUGCAGCUGGUUUCAGCGCGGGUGCGUAAAGCGGGAGGAGUUCACAGUGGUUUAAACCUGCAGCGACCCGCGGCGGGUGAUGUGAACCAGCGAAGUAUACGGGCGACGACACGGAGCAGCGCAAGGCUGCACCAGCAUCAGGGUGAGGCCGCGGGGUGGCUUGGAAGUGAGCGGCAGCAGCGGCAAUUUGCCGGUGCAGGCGAGGCCGCGGCUGUGAAGGCGGACCGAUCAAGCCGCGGAGGUAAGGUCGCGGAUGAUUUGAGCAGUGCGAAACAGCGCGAAACAGGCCACAACGGCUGCUCAGAAGCGGUCGUGGAGGCAGAGCGCUACGUGAUCGUGAUCAUGGCGUUAGUGCGGGAGCGGAUGGUGAUGUGCGACGGCGGCUUCGACGCCGAGGCCUCCGUGUUCGACGCGCUCGGCUACGGUGGCCACGACGUGCUGCUUGGAGGCCUGGAAGCGGCGGCGCAUUUCGGGGGCUAUGCGUACGCCCACGACGAGCCAGCCGGCGCCGAGAGCGCCUACGCGCCGGAGAGCGCGAGCUGGGCGGGCGCGGGGGCGUCCGUGCUCGCGUUCGACCGCGCCGCGCGGGGCCACGCGGUCCAGGCUAUCGCGGAGGAGGAGGCGUGGAUGGACGCCAUGGACGAGGACCAGCACGCGGGGCCAGCGUCUACCAUAGGGUUCGACCCGGCCACAGGCUGCUUCAGCCUGACGCAGAGCUCCGGUGGCGCGUGCCGGCCGUUCGGGCUCCUGUUCCCGAGCACGUCCAACGGCUCGCCCGAUGCCGCGGGGCAGGCGCGCGUUCAGGACCAGGACGCGGAGCAGCGGGCCACCAAGAAGCGGUGCGGUGCGAGCAGGAAGACGAGCAAGGCGAAGCCGGCGGCGCCCACCACCACCUCGCCCAAGGGAGACCCGCAAAGCCUCACCGCAAAGAACCGGCGGGAGAAGAUCAGCGAACGGCUCCGGACACUGCAGGAGCUGGUGCCCAACGGCACCAAGGUCGACAUGGUCACCAUGCUCGAGAAGGCAUUCAGCUACGUCCAGUUCCUGCAGCUGCAAGUCAAGGUGCUGGCGACGGACGAGUUCUGGCCGGCGCAAGGGGGAACGGCGCCGGAGAUCUCCCAGGUGAAGGAGGCGCUGGACGCCAUCUUGUCGUCGCAGAGGGGCAACUGAAUUGAACUGAACUAGUCUAGCUAGAAAGGAGAAACUGCUUUGGCUCAGCCUCCGCGACAAACGUAUAAGGAUAUGGUAGAGAUUAAUCAACAACGAACCACCUCGUUCGAAGAUAAAUAAGGAGACAUAUGCAGGGAAAUACCCCUUUCCUGGGUAUAUAUACACUCAGAAAUUAGAAGAAAAAAAUAAAAAUAAAAAGUUCAGAUUUUUAAUAAUCUUAAGUUCCUUUAGCACUAGUAUGUAAUUUUCCGUCAACCAAAACCCUGCAUUGACUUCGGGGCGAAAAAACAAAAAAAUUGGUCAAAAUAGUGUGAAUAGUGUCAUGUACCCAAUAGUGUGAGUAUAUACCAAUAAUUUUAGUUUCUUUUUGCCCAGAA